AUGACGACCCUCGGGAAGAGAACCAGGAGCUCCGUGCAGGACGCUGCAGAGCCCACGUUGAGUCUCGACUUCUCCUCUAAGCGUCCCAGGCGUGCCACUAGGACGGUCAGCAAACAAGAGCCUAUCACCAUCCAUGACGACGAAAACCAGGAGAACGAAGUGCCAGAACGCGCUUCUCGCGAGGAUACCGAACAGACCCCUACAAAGUGUAAUUCUCGACGCACUUCGAUUGCGAGCACCGUCAGGAGUUCCAAAGUCGCGCCGGUAACACCCUCGACACCACGCCAUUACGAUGUCUUCGCCCGCGGCACAACCACUCCCCGCCACCGGGUCAUGUCGGUCGGCAAACUCUCGAAGCGCAUGACCCCUCAGACACCAUCCACCCCAACUGCCGUUCAGACCGUCUACCAUCAAGCGAGGCAAUUGUUUUCCCGCAGCGCAGAUCCUGGGCAGCUGAUCGGACGCGACGACGAGCGCGCCCAAAUCCACAAGUUCCUCGAGCGCUGCACCACAUCCCGCCCCAGCGGAUGCCUCUACGUUAGCGGGCCCCCCGGGACGGGGAAGAGCGCCAUGGUCAACAGGAUUACGGAGGAAGCCACAUCGAAGUCGAAAACCGUCCGGAGGGCCUACAUCAAUUGCAUGAGCAUCAAGACGUCUAAGGAUCUUUACAUCACGUUGUUGGGGCAAUUGAACGGGGAUGAUGAGGUGUUCGAGGAGGACGCUGCUGAAAAGGCGCUUGAAAACCUCUUCUCACGGAAAACAGCGACCGAUGUAUUCGUUGUGGUGCUAGACGAGAUUGACCACAUUCUGACCUUGGACCCGGAGAGCCUCUACCGCGUCUUUGAAUGGUCACUGCAACCAACGUCACGUCUGGCCAUGGUGGGCAUCGCCAAUGCGCUGGACCUCACCGACCGCUUCCUUCCUCGUCUCAAGUCGCGGAAUCUCAAACCGGAACUCCUCCCCUUCUUACCUUACACCGCGCCUCAGGUGAAGCGUAUCAUUACGGAGCGACUUAAGACCCUGGCCCCCGAGGGUUCGGCGCCUGAUUUCAUUCCCUUCUUCCACCCGGCCGCCAUUGAGCUCUGCUCGCGCAAGGUUUCAAGCCAAACCGGGGAUCUGCGUCGCGCCUUUGAGGUCUGCCGGCGGGCCCUCGAUCUCGUCGAGUCUGAGACCCGCAUGAAGCACGAGAACGAAAUUAAAGACAACGUCCUCUUGCAAACCCCCUCGCGCAGGAUCCUUGGCGAGAACCGCAACCUGGCCUCUCCUGCUCGGCCCUCGAGCCCACAGCAGCUUCAACAUUCCCUACAGAAACUGACCGCGGCCACCGCCCCGCGUGUCAGUAUCGCCCACCUUAACAAAGUCACCGCCGCUGCCUUCAGCAACGGCACUACGCAGAGACUCAAGACCCUCAACUUGCAGCAAAAAGCCGCUCUGUGCUCGCUCAUGGCCAUCGAGAAGCGCAAUCGUGCCGCCCAAGCUGCCCAGUCUGCCGCGGCGUCCAUGCCGAGCACCCCAUCCUCCUCUAGGUCGCGCACUGGGGCAGCACCCACCAUCAAAACACUCUACGAAUCAUACUGCGCCCUCUGCACUCAGGACUCCCUCCUCCACCCCCUCUCGUCGUCCGAGUUCCGCGAGGUUAUUGGCAGCUUGGAGACUUUGUCGCUGAUCGCCCCCGUCGACGGCAAGACCGGUUCAUUUGUCGCGCUGCCCGGCACGCCUACCCCGAGCAAGCGGGGGAGGAAGAAGAAGGAUGUGUUUGCGUUUGGCGGCAGCGGAGGCAGCGCCCUAGUCGCGGACGAGAAGAGAGUUGCAAGCUGUGUUGGAGAGAAGGAGAUGGAAGGGGCCGUGGACGGUCUAGGAGCGGGUAUCCUGAGGGGCAUUUUGAGUGGAGAGGCGCUGGAUUAG